UUUGUCUGUGCGCAGCUGAAGAAGUGAGAAAUACCACAGUGAUACACUGAGAAAACCCUGUUUCCUUGACCUUGCUUAUUUGGGAGUUGAAGAUGGAAGCCUUGUGUUUAAGAGUGUCCUUGCUGCUGCUGGUCCCAGGACUUGCCCUCAGUGACAGCUCUGACAGAUACACCACCAAUCAGAGCGAUCUGGGAAACGAUCUUCCCACCUUCUCAGGGAUAGACUCUGCAGCACUCCUCACCACCCGGCAGCCCCUAGUGUCCAACCAAACUGUCAAGUGCUCCCAGCAGACUAAAAUUGCUGAAACUUUUAAAUAUAUUAACACAGUGGUGUCUUGUGCUAUUUUCAUCGUUGGAAUGGUUGGGAAUGCAACUCUGCUGAGGAUCAUUUACCAGAACAAGUGUAUGAGGAAUGGCCCGAAUGCACUGAUAGCCAGUCUGGCACUAGGAGACCUUAUCUAUAUUGUGAUUGAUAUUCCUAUCAUUGUGUACAAGCUCCUUGCUCAGAAGUGGCCUUUUGGGGAUUCUGAAUUUGGACAGUUCCUAUGCAAAUUCCUUCCGUUUAUACAGAAGGCAUCAGUGGGAAUCACAGUCCUUAAUCUCUGUGCCCUUAGUGUGGACAGGUACAGAGCAGUUGCCUCCUGGAGCCGUGUUCAGGGAAUCGGGAUCCCUAUGAUCACUGCUAUUGAAAUUUUCUCUAUUUGGCUUCUGUCCUUUAUACUGGCUAUUCCAGAAGCAAUUGGUUUUGCUGUGGUACCUUUCAGAUACAAGGAUGAAAGUUAUGUUACCUGCAUGCUCAGUCCUACAAAUAAUUUUAUGCUGUUUUACAAAGACGCGAAGGACUGGUGGCUGUUUGGUUUCUAUUUCUGCAUGCCACUGGCAUGUACUGCUAUCUUUUACACAUUAAUGACUUGUGAAAUGUUAAACAGAAGGAACAGUAAUUUGAGAAUUGCUCUCAGUGAACAUCUUAAGCAGCGUCGAGAAGUUGCAAAGACAGUUUUCUGUCUAGUCGUGAUUUUUGCUCUUUGCUGGUUCCCUCUCCAUCUGAGCCGAAUUUUGAAAAAAAUGGUAUACAACGAAAGAGACCCUGGCAGAUGUGAACUACUCAGUUUCUUGCUGCCGCUGGACUAUAUCAGCAUCAACCUGGCAACCAUGAACUCUUGUAUAAACCCAAUAGCUCUCUAUUUUGUGAGCAAGAAGUUCAAAAACUGCUUCCAGUCAUGUCUUUGCUGUUGCUGCUCUCAGUCUAAAAGUCUAGUGACUUCAGUGCCCAUGAAUGGAACAAGCAUCCAGUGGAAAAAUCAAGAACUAAAUCACAAUACAGAUCGCAGCAGCCAUAAAGACAGCAUAAACUGAAAAUUAAGGACUCUGGCAUCACUUCAGAAUGAAAGAGGAAAAAGAAGUCACAAGAAAGCUAUUUCAGCAGGCAGCCCGGUGUGUGUUUCUUACAACAGCACCAAUUCAGAAGUGUGCACCUUGUAUAUAAUUCAGAGGUGCAAGUAGGUUGUCUAUAAAUGUGAUGUUCUGUGAACUGAGAUCCUCUGGAUGGUAAUUCUGUCUCUGAAAAUUGUAUCAGUAUGUUUAUAAAACCAAAAACAAUGACUUGAACCACACAUGUGGUUUGCUCUUCUGAAUCAAGCAGGAACUCUCUUAUAUCUCUGACUGGUACACACUUUUUUACCUGAUUGCCACCUAGAAUUAAUCAUCAUGGAAUUUUUCAGAAGGUAUCAAUACAGAAUAUGUCUAUGACUGCAUAUUUUAUCUCUGCAUAUUUCUCUUUUAUUUGUGCUGGAUAUAUUGCCUACACCAGGAUGUUUUGCAUGCUGCUCUUUUUUUGUUGUUGAUGUUGUUUGUUUGUUUCAAAUUCAGGUUUGAAAAUGUGUUGGCUCACACCAGUAUUUUACUUGCUUAUUACUAGUCGGGACAUUAGCUGGGCAGUUCACAUUGUAGCACUUCAAUACUCAAAAACAGAAAAAGACCAUUCGAAAUGGCACCAACAUUUGGCACUUAAACAUGGGUUAAUGCCAAAAACAAGGUAUUAAUAACACAGUCCUAAACUCUCUUAUUUAUUUGGAUGCUCUCUAUGAAGACAUUCUAGAGCAGCAAAAAGAAUGAAAAAUGUCCACAGAGGGGCAUCUUACCGUUUGUUUGUAAUCAACCACCAUGAUAAUUCUUAAACUAUAUGUACCUAUUGAUCUGUUUAGACUAUAGCUGCUUUAAAUAUAAAUUGAAAUGAGGGCUAGUGGAAUACAGUGAAACAUUAUCAAAGCAGUCCAAAGAGUUUUAAGA